GACGGGGCGGGCGGUGCCGCAGGCGCGUCCCCGGGGAAGGGCCGGGCCCCGCGGCGGGGAACUGGGCGCGGCGGGGCUCCGGGAGCGGCCAUGCAGCUCCUGCCGCUGCUCGCCUGGGUGCUGCUGCCAGGCUGCUGGGCGGUGAGGGGGCCCCGCACCGUGCGGGGGUUCCUGGGGGGGUCCCUCUCGGUGAGCUGCACGUACCAGCAUGGCCAUGAGAUGAAACCGAAGUUCUGGUGCACACCGGGAGGACUUGUUUCUACCUGUGAUACUGACAUCGUCAUCACGUCGGCGGAGCACCCCAUAGUGUGGUGGGACCGAUUCUCCAUCCAGGACAAUCGCACAGAGCGGGUGUUCACGGUGACCGUGGAGGGCCUGGUCGAGGGGGAUGCAGGCACCUACCUCUGCGGGGUGCGAACGGGUGUGCUCCAGCGUGAUGUGAGUGCCGAGGUGGAGGUGAUCGUGUCCCCAGUUUCUUCCAGCUCCCAAGUACCAGUCAGCACCUUCAACUACAAGCUCACCAAGCACACCUAUCUCUCUAGCUCGGUAGUAGUCCCCACACAGACAGCUCCCCAAAUGCCUUCAGAUGACGGCCUCCAUGAGGGCUCUGGCCCUGCACACUUGCAGCCUGACCAUCCUCGUGCCUGCUUCUCUUCCUCCCAAGACAAGCCUCGUCACCCACGGCCACUCCCUGCGUGCCUGCUCUGUGCUGGUUCCUCCCUAAUCUGCUUCAAAAAGUUUGCUACUGGCGUUUUGGUAACGCUGUCCAGGAAGAGGAAAAAGGCCCUCUCCGGAGCAGCUCUAGAGAUGGACAGGACUCGCAGCAUGUCGCAUACAGAAGCGGAUGCCUUGAACUAUGCAGACAUUAACCACAGCACGGGCACAGCUGAGAGCCAGUUGUACAGCAACGCCGAGGCUUUCUGCCGCUUGGCAAACACCACGACUGAAUAUGCAGAGGUCAAGCAGAGUGAUAAGCAUUUGGAAGAGGAAAAAGAGGCUAUAUAUGCCCAUGUGCAGAAGUCCCCGCCGGAGCAGCAGGAGAUCUACAUCAACAUGCCGUCAGCCCCACGUCCCGCAGGAGAGCCCUGCAGCUCAGCGCAGAGGGUGUGAGCCGGCACCCGGCCCCGCGGGCUGCUUCUGCUGCCGGCAGCGCCAGCGGGACACAGGCCGGCUUUCUGCUCAGGCAGGAGCUGGCUUGACAGCGGAGCGGCUGCUCUUGUAGGCUUGGACGUUUCCAGGGAGCAACCUCGAAGAGGGUGAGGUUGAACAGGAGGUGCAGAGCAGGGUGAGGAUGAAAUCAUCCCUCUGCAUUUGGAGACCUCACCCAUACAGCAAUGGUGCUGGGAAUAAAAAACCUGCCCCUCGCAUUGGGGUAGCCCGGGCCAGAGACCAGCCAGGCAGGGUGUGGAGGAGCCUGGUGGGAGGAGGUGAGGGCGGGCUGCCUGGCUCCCUGCGCCCAGCACCCUCUUCGCUUGCCCCUCUGGCUGCGUUAUUCAUGCAGGCUGAAGCUCCCAUACCCACUGAUCGCCUCAGACUGAUUUUUUUUCAUGCCGAUGCCAGGCAGAGCUGGCAGCUCCUGGGAAGCAGGACAGCCAGAAAUGUUAUAUCCAAAUGCUGGGGGGACCCGGCUGGAGGAUCCAGUGCAUUAGGGUCUCGGUGCAAUGGAGAUGGCACAGGUACUUCCACCCCUGCUGUGCAGCUGCUGGGAAGCGGCUCCCCCGACCCCCCUGUCCCACAGCCCCCAGGGAGGUUUGCUUCUGCUCUCCCCACCACCACCCCCAGGGACCCCCCAGCUGGGAGUACAUGGAUGGGCUGUAACUGUGACCCUGCUCUUCUCUGCUUUCUGAUAAUUUAUUAUCUGGCACCCACUAACUGCAUUCUUCUGUAAAGAUGAACGUUCUUCCGUAUCAGUUUAUCAGUGACAGCAACUGAGAAUCUGAUGGGAUCCAAUGCCGUAUUUAGCCGUAUUUGUGUGGCGGUCUUCCACCUCGCUAAAGGGUUUAUUGCAGAGUGUUGCCCUGAAAGCGGGUCCGGCCCCUUGCUGGCGCCCAGGUGGAUUCCAGCAGUGUGGGAACCCAGAUCUUUAUGGGCAAGGGCUGCGCUGCUCCAGCACAAACCUGCUGUGGCACCGCUCCCCACCAGGACAUCCCACGGGGCCGUGCUUUGGGUGCGCUCUUGUCCCCAGGGUGCCCCAGUGCCCUCCUCUGUGCAUAUUCCCUCUGCUCCUGCCCAGCGCCGGGCAAUUCAUCCAUCGUGACAACCCCCAAAAAACAGGUCAUGGGGUGGGCAUCUGUUUGUGAGGCCGAGUCGAGUGUGUUUCAAGGCUUCAUUUGGAGAGAAUUCAUUAACUUUAUCAACCACUGCAGAGCUUUUUUUCAGUGUUUUUGUAACUAUUUCAUUCGAGAAGCCAUGCGGAGCAUCCCUGCUCUGUCAAAACCAAAAGCAGCUGGAAGUAAAUGUCUGUGGUACAAUAA